CUUGCUGCGCGCGGUCGUGUUCGUAGGGAAGCUAGCGUCUCGUUCGCUCGCUUUUUCGUCUGUGCGGUUUUAUGAUUUUUUGUUUUCCUCGUUUUAGUAUUCGGCUUUUCGCUGGCUUUUAUUCUAGACUUGAAAGAUGUGCUCGUUAAGAGUUGCGUGAACAUGAUUUUCGAGAUACUGUGCGCUGGUGGAGGUUCAAAUACUGUUAAUGGCUUGAAAAACGGUUCUGUUAAUUAACACAGCUUCGGACUGUUGAUUCUUGACAGUUUUUUUUUAUAUAACAGACAGAAAGACAAAUAGCUUUGUUUCAUUCAAUUAUCGAUGAUGAGUGGAAAUUGUUGAGAUAAUAAACACCCUUCAAACUGAGCCACCAUGAAUCAGCCUUAAGCCGCCGCCCCCCCCCCCCCAUACCUCACCAUACCACGCCGACGCUAUGUUGACUCUGAUCUAAGAGGAGGCAGAACAGAGAACAGGAGCCAUGGACGGAGAGAACAGAAUCAUCCUGAACGUCGGGGGAAUCAGAUUCGAAACAUAUAAAGCAACUUUGAAGAAAAUUCCCGCCACUCGUCUCUCUCGCCUCACGGAAGCCUUGGCCAACUACGACCCGAUCCUCAAUGAGUAUUUUUUCGACCGGCAUCCUGGCGUCUUCGCUCAGAUCCUCAAUUAUUACAGGACCGGGAAACUCCACUACCCGACCAACGUCUGCGGCCCUCUGUUCGAGGAGGAGCUCGAGUUCUGGGGCCUCGACUCGAACCAAGUGGAACCCUGCUGCUGGAUGACGUACACGAUUCAUCGGGACACGCAGAUGAUGCCAAUCUUCUGCAACAUCAUACUCAAAAUACUCAGUGGUUUGCCAUUGCAUUCCGAGGCACACCCAUUAAGACCUAGAAUGAACUGGCUUUGUGACAUACCAAAGAUGGACCGGAAGAAAAACCCACGGAAUGUAUUAGGUUGGAUGAAGAUCGGGCCAGGUGGCACAGGGAGGCGAACGCAGCCAAGUGCCCCCAGCGGUCAUGUGAUUGCCAUCUUAUCCGUUUUCUUUAUCGGCGUGUCCAUCCUGUCCUUUUGCCUUAAGACUCACCCCAAUAUGCGUGUUCCUGUCAUUGUCAACGUGACAGUGAGGGGCGUGUCAAGGAAUGGGUCAAAUAUCACUCAUUGGUACCUCAACAAAGACAGGACGGACCCCCACGACGCCUUCUUCUACGUGGAGGCAGCCUGCAACGCGUGGUUCACCUUCGAGAUCCUGAUGCGGUUCGUGGUGACGCCGACCAAGAUCGAGUUCGUCAAAAACACCAUCAACAUCAUCGACUUCGUUGCUACGCUCAGCUUCUAUAUGGAUAUCAUUCUUAAUCAGACGCAGUUUGCUGGAAGAGAGGACAACGCGGGCAAAGCGGCCGAAGUCAUCGAGUUCUUCAGCAUCAUCCGCAUCCUCCGUCUCUUCAAGCUGACGAGACACUCUGGCGGCCUCAAGAUCCUCAUCCACACCUUCAAGGCCUCGGCGAAGGAACUCACCCUCCUCGUGUUCUUCCUCGUACUGGGGAUCGUCAUCUUCGCCAGCCUUGUUUACUACGCGGAGAGGCUGCAGGCCAACCCCCACAACGACUUCAAGAGCAUCCCCGAAGGCCUAUGGUGGGCUAUCGUCACCAUGACCACGGUCGGCUACGGAGACAUGGUGCCCCGGACGUACGUGGGCAUGGUGGUGGGCGCCCUGUGUGCGAUCGCGGGCGUGCUCACCAUCUCGCUGCCCGUGCCCGUCAUCGUCUCCAACUUCUCCAUGUUCUAUAGCCACACGCAGGCGCGUUCAAAAUUACCCAAAAAACGACGCCGCGUUUUGCCGGUGGAGCAGCCGCGGAGAGCAGCUAGACAGCAGCGUUCGGAAGGAGCUCUCAACAGGAGAAUGAACGCGAUCAAACACCACCACCAGCCGGGGAUCAAGGACAUACCCAAAGUGACAGGCACGGUGAACGGCUACGGGCAAGUGGCCGGCCUGAAAUCCAUGGCCUUCUGCACGACGCCGCAAAGUGGAGCGGUCAUACCCACUCUUCCACCCAGAGGACCUCACUUCGAGCUCCUCUACUCCACUCCAGCCUACCAGCCGCCGCUACAGGCCAGGGAGCCCACGGGCCGAGACUCCUACUACAGCAGCUCGCCCACGCCCUUGCAGGCUCCGACCCAAACAUCCACGGGUGUCAUCUCCCUCACGCCCAACAUAAACAAUGAGACAGUGCAGCAUUUUCAGUGAAUGCCAAGGACGCAGCCGACGACACCACAAUCGAAAACAAUCAUAAGGAAUCCAAUCCUACUGAAGAGUUCCGUGGGAGCAUCACUGGCCAACGCCUUGAGGACAUUCUGCAUUUAACUAACAUUUAAGCGGAG